AUGAGUGCCCCAAAGGCUGAGCAUGAAUUUCAAGGGUAUCCCCCUCUCCCUCUCCCUCCGCAGCAAAUACCAACUGGGUAUCCCACUCCGCCCCACCAGCCACCUCAAAAUCCCAAUGCUCAGGUGCAAUGUGUGCAGCCGCCGCCGCCUCAAGCUCCACAAGCUCACCUACACUAUGUGCAGCAGCCGCCGCCGCCACAAGCUCCGCAAGCUCACCUACAGUAUGUGCAGCCGCCGCCGCCUCAAGCAUCACAAGCUCACCUACAGUAUGUGCAACCGCCACCACCACCGCCGCCACCUCCUUAUCCUUCUCCUCCUCCUCAGCAAGGCAACCCUUUUCGUCCCACGGAGUGGUCCUCUGCUCUCUGCGCCUGCACCGAAGAUCCAUCCCUUUGUUGCCUUACGUUAUGGUGCCCCUGCGUCACUUUCGGGCAAAUAGCGGAGAUAGUAGACGAGGGUUCUCCAUCUUGCGGUGUGAGUGGAGCGAUCUAUGGGCUGCUCUGUUUCACUGGGAUCGCGUUAGCAGCGAUCACUGGUCUGGGAUGUCUUUCGGGGUUUGGGUGGUGCUAUUCAUGCACGUAUCGAAGCAGGAUGCGGGCCAAAUUUAACUUGGCAGAGAUUCCCUGCACAGAUUGUCUGCUCCAUUGUUGUUGCGAUCUCUGCGCGCUGUGCCAGGAAUAUAAAGAGCUCAAGCAUAGAGGAUAUGAGCCUGCUCUCGGUUGGACGGAGAAUCUGCGAAGACAACAGCAAGGGGCGGCACCCGCCAUGGAACCUCCCACUAAUCCAACCAUGCAAAAAUGAUGCUGCCGUUAUAGCAUUUCUGUUUGAUAAGGGCAUUUUCGAAUUUCAAUAUCGU